CCUAUACCCCCACCCCCCAUACCCACAUUUUCUUCCAUUAAAGGGUUUUCCAUUUUCUUGAUAAAAAUUCAAGAAUCUGUGCAUGAAAAAUCAAGAAGAAGAAGAAAAAAAAAUAUACACUAUGAUGAAGAAUAGUAAAAGGGAGGGGUCUGUUUGGAAGAGAAAAUUAAAAGCAGGGGUAUAUAAGGAAAAAGAUCAAAAGAGCAGAGAAAAGGGGGAGAUGAUGAUGAAGAAGAAGAAGAAGAAAUACUACUAUCCACUGUUAUCCUAUCACCAACUCCCGGAUUAUAUGAAGGAUAAUGAGUAUAUACUGGAUUAUUACAGGGCUAAUUGGCCUGUCAAACAAGCCUUCUUCAGCCUCUUUAGCUGGCAUAAUGAGACUCUUAAUGUUUGGACGCAUUUGUUGGGAUUUUUGUUAUUUGUGGGAUUAACAGUAGCAAAUGUAGUGGACGUGCCUCAGGUAGCAGAUUUCAUCACAAUGAUUACAGAACAGUUCCCAUCAAGUGCAACCGCUAAUUUCUCCAACGAUUUUUCUCCGGGCCCGACAAAACUGCUAGACCUGAAGCAAGAAUCGAGCCACAUGAAAAUGGAUGUAACAACCGAAACAACCACAACGAACUGGCCGUUUUACGUAUUCCUUAGCGGCUCGAUGUUCUGCCUCCUCUCGAGCAGCACCUGCCACCUCUUCUCCUGCCACUCCCACCGCCUCAACUGCCACCUCCUCCACGUCGACUACGUCGGGAUCACGAUCAUGAUAAUCACCUCCUUCUUCCCACCGAUAUACUACAUCUUCCAAUGCACCCCACUCUACCAAAUCCUGUACCUCACAGGCAUCUCACUACUCGGUUUAUGCACCGUUGUCGCCUUGCUGUCGCCAGCUCUCACGAACCCCAAGUACCGCUCUUUACGGGCCCUACUCUUCGUCUCCAUGGGCUUGUUCGGGCUUUUUCCGGCGGGCCACGCCCUUUUGCUGAACUGGCACGACCCUCACCGGAAUGUGAUCUUGGCGUACGAAUUGGCGAUGGCGCUUUCGUAUUUAAUUGGAACUUUGUUUUACGUGAGCCGGGCCCCCGAGAGGUGGAGGCCCGGUUGGUUCGACUUGGCGGGCCAUAGUCAUCAGAUUUUUCAUGUGUUUGUGGUGAUGGGCGCGUUGGCUCACUACGGCGCGGCGCAAAUUUUCGUGAGGCACCACAGUAGGAUGGGGUGUGGUGCAGUUUCUUGAUUUUGUGUUUGCUUGUGAUAUUAUGUGUUAAUGAAGGGGCUAAAAAUAUAAAUUAAAAAAAAAAUUGUGUUGAUUGUGUUAUUAGAUGGAAUAGGAACAUUCUUUAUUUAUUUUUUAUUUUUUAUUUUUAUAUUUUGUUGUGAUGUGAUUCUGUAAUAAGAUUGUUACAUGAUACAUUUGACACAAUUUAGAAUUGUUCUGCAGAGGAAAUAUAUGAAGCAUAUAUGUAAUGUUUAGUAAU